UUAGCGGACGUGUCAUGCACCUAUGAGCUUCAGGACUACUGGGAUUUUGAGUGAUCCUACAUGAAAAGCUCUGUUUCCAAUGACUAUAAGAAUGAAAAAGAGAAAAGAAACUUAUACUAUUGUUUGCAUAUUUGGUUAUGUCAUAACUUUGUUUAUACGUUUAACACACACACUUCUAUAAGCAGGUAUCGUUUUUUUGUUCAGUAUGCCAAAUAGAAAACAGGGUGAUUUUAUACUUGGUGUAGGUGCUGGUUUUGUGAACUAUAUCAGUUAAUUCUAGAACUAAAAGAAAAGAAAAAUGAAACUAAAACUAAUUGUCUCCCGCAGGAAUUGCAGCUUAAUUCUUCAGCGCAGCCAUUUUAUAUGGGGGGAGGCUUGGAUUUCGAAGGAAGAUAAUUGGAAAAAUGUGUUAUCACACAAGGAGUGAAGCUGAACACAGAAAUAGGCAAGGAAAGGGCUUAGCUUUGAAUCCAAUUCAAGGGCAGACCGGAGAUCUCUGAUCUAAAUCCACACCUCACUCAUCCAUUCUAACGAAGAGAUUUGACUUUGUCAGAACUUUAUGCACAACCCUUCUUUCAUUUGCUUUUUGAAGACAGCCUAUACUAACCUCUCCUAUUCUUAGCAAACCAAUUGUCUCUUCCUCUCUGUCUCUCUCCUCUCUUUCUUCCUAUGCCAUCAAAACUUCACCACCUUCCCAAGCUUCCUCUCCACCCCCUCCCAACCGAACAUUAUAGUCCUCUGUUGAAGCCAUUCCUGACUGCAAUGGGCGCGCAUGCCCCUCCACCAGUGCGCGUCCCACCACACUGUAGCAUCAUGGCUUUUAAAGAUAAACCCUCAUUUGUUCUUGUCUUUCUACUUGUAUCCCUCCAUUUUGUUGCCUCUUUGGGACUGACAGACUCAGAAAUCCUCCUUAAGUUCAAAGGUUCGUUAUCGAACGCAUCUGCAUUGUCUGACUGGAGUGACAAGACCACACCAUGCACAAAAGAUAAUUCAACAAAUUGGGCUGGUGUAAUUUGUGUUGACGGGAUCCUUUGGGGUUUAAAACUUGAAAAUAUGGGGCUGGCUGGCAAGAUUGACGUGGAAACUCUACAGGCUUUGCCAGAUUUGAAAACACUCAGCAUCAUGAACAAUAACUUCGAUGGUCCCAUGCCAGAGUUCAAGAAAAUUGUUUCAUUGAGAGCGGUUUAUUUUUCCAACAACCAUUUCUCAGGGGUGAUCCCACUGGAUGCUUUUGAUGGCAUGUUGAAACUGAAGAAAGUGUAUUUAGCACAAAAUGAGUUUACUGGGGCCAUUCCUUUGUCUUUGACUGCCCUGCCCAAGCUUUUGGAUUUGAGGCUUGAAGGCAACCAAUUUACUGGGCAGCUACCAGAUUUGACUCAGAAUCUUCUUUCAUUCAGUGUGUCAAACAAUGCAUUGGAGGGGCUAAUCCCCGCAGGUCUCAGUAAGAUGGACUCGAGCUCCUUUUCAGGCAACAAAGGUCUAUGUGGACCGCCGUUAAAGGAAUGUAAUACCAUCAACAGCAACUCUGACUCCAAGAAACCACCUGUGCUACUAAUCGUGAUCAUUGCUGCAGUUGUGGGAUUGCUACUGGGUGCCAUUGUUGCAGCAUUCUUGUUCCUUCGUCGUCAACGCCAAAGACAACCAUCAGCCUCAAUAGAAGCACCAACACCACCAAUACCAUCAAACCUCAAAAAGAAAACGGGUUUCAAGGAAGAAAACCAAAGCCCUUCAAGCUCACCAGACCACUCGGUAGGUAGCAAGAAAGGGGAAGCUCCAAAGCUGUCCUUCGUGAGGGAUGAUAGGGAGAAGUUUGAUUUGCCAGACUUGUUAAAGGCCUCGGCUGAGAUAUUAGGAAGCGGUUGCUUCGGGUCCUCUUACAAAGCAGCGCUUAACUCUGGGACGAUGAUGGUGGUUAAGAGGUUUAAGCAAAUGAAUAAUGUCGGGAAAGAAGAGUUUCAAGAGCAUAUGAGGAGGUUAGGGAGAUUGAAGCACUCUAACUUACUUCCUCUUGUGGCUUACUAUUAUAGAAAGGAAGAGAAGCUCUUGAUUACCGACUUUGUUGAGAAAGGCAGCCUAGCUGUUCAUCUUCAUGGUCAUCAAGCUCUAGGACAACCAAGCCUUGAUUGGCCAAGCAGAUUGAAGAUUGUCAAAGGAGUAGUAAGGGGUCUUGCAUACCUCUACAAAGACCUUCCCAACAUAAUUGCUGCCCACGGCCACCUUAAAUCUUCCAAUGUUCUUCUCACUCAAUCCAACGAGCCCUUGCUCACCGACUAUGGACUAGUUCCUGUGAUCAACCAAGAGAAUGCUCAAGAGCUCAUGGUAGCCUAUAAGUCCCCUGAAUACUUGCAUCACGGCCGGAUUACCAAGAAGACCGAUGUAUGGAGUCUAGGGAUAUUGAUACUUGAGAUCUUAUCAGCGAAGUUGCCAGCAAAUUUCGUACCGCGAGGCAAGGGAAGCGAGGAGGAAGAUUUGGCAAAUUGGGUCAAUUCUGUUCCUCAUGAAGAGUGGACUAAUGUGGUGAUUGAUAAGGAUAUGACCAACGGGCUAACAAAGCAAAAUGGUGGUGGUGAAAGUGAGGCGAUCAAGCUAUUGAAGAUUGGUUUAUGUUGUUGUGAAGCGGAUGUGGAGAAGAGGAUAGACUUGAAGGAAGCUGCUGAGAGGAUUGGAGAAAUAAAAGAGAGAGAUGGUGAUGAUGAUUUUUUCUCCUCAUAUGCUAGUGAAGGAGACAUGAGAUCUUCAAUAGGAAAGUCUGAUGACAUCACAUUCUCUUAAAUAUUUCUAGUAUGGUUGAGUUAAAUACUGGAUUUCUAAUCUAUUAGAGGGGGUCAGAAAUAUUUUUUUUUUUUUUUGGAGUUGAAUGAAGAGCUACGGGAACGAUAAUGCAUGCAUGUACAAAAAAGUAGUUCUUGUGGAUGUAAAUGCAGGAUGGAAGUUGGAGUGACAGUGGGAUUGCCAAUGCG